GGCACGGUUUUCGACUUUGACGGCAUAGAGCCCGAGACAAACUGGAACUGGAACGCGCCUGGCGUUACCUGUCAUUCGGGAAUCAUCUUCGCGCUACGAUGUAUGGGCAACAUAGACAUUUCGCUGAGCCAGGGCGCAAUUUGUCCCGUGGAGGGCAAGCUCCCCAAGGACUCGCUGCUGAAGUCCGGGCCCUAUCGCGGCGGUGUGCACAGGCAACGUUAUCACCUCGCAGCGCAUUGUGGAUGUCAUCUUCCUUGCCUUCGACGCGGUGGCGGCCGGUUCAGGAUGCAUGAACAACCUGACUUUGUGUCGGACGACGUCGGGACCGAAUUCAGGUACCAUGAGACCAUU